GGCGGCUGAGCUAAGUCGAUUCUUCCCGCCAUAGGGCGUAGAGUGACUUGCGACACAUACGAACUGCGCCUGUGUUACGACGUUCAGGUUUCCACCACGCAGUGACCAACUGGCUUCACAGGUUCCUCGACAAUCGAAGCUCCGGAAAGGAGUUCAUAGUCUUGCUCAACGCAAAAAAGCUCCAACGAAUUUCGAUUGCUUUGUGUUGCAGCGUGCUCGAUUUUUGUCAUCGCUCUAGAUUGAAAGAUAGUAGGGGGCGGCGGAUGAAUUUCUGGGUAAUUCUACAGUGAUUUAGUUAUCGAUUGUUUUCUAACAAUCGGUACUGGAACCUUUAUAAGAAGCAGUGAUCGCCGAUUAAUUUGGUUCGUUUGAAAAGUUGAGAGUCAGACUGAACGAUCGAUGGAGUACAUCAAAUCGAAAGUUCGAGAGGAUAAGCCGCUACCACCAGUUUUGAUUUUGCCAGCACUAUCUAUUGGGAAUGUUGGGCAGCUGGCUACUGACUUGCUAAUUUCAGAGCCCUCUGUGAUCAAGGCAGGUUUUUUAGAUGAUCCCUUUGUCCUGCCUUGCAUUGGAAAUGAUCCGAUAGGUCCUACGCCGGUGGGGAGCUUGACAGUGGCCCUGGAAGUUUUUGAAGAUACGAAAAAUGGGCUGACUAUUGUGCAGCAACGAAGUCCAGUGGUCAGGGGGGCCAUGGUUGAAUAUGCGAAGCAUCUUGCAGAGUGGGCAGAAAGCGUGGGUGUGAAGGAAGUAGUGAUUCUCUCUGGUUUAAAUUCUGGUAAACGGGAUAGAAAAGAGAUGAUGGAGGGUCCACAGGUUUACUACUGUACUACCGACACCAACACGUCAGUUUUUCAGCAACUGAGAUGGAAAACUCUGGAACACUCAGAAGCGUUACAACAUGCUGACGAGUUAGUUCAAGGUCCAGGUGAAGACUUCGAUGGCUUGAAUGACGAAAACUACUAUGCUGGGCAGCCCUUCUCCUUGUUAUACUCCUGUUGCAAGGCACGAGGUUUGAAAGUGACCUGCUUGCUGUCUUUCUGCGCCGAGGGGGAUAAUAUACCAGAUGCUUUCUUCGUUGUUAAAUCGCUUCAGACGUUACUGCAGCAGACGAAUGGGGCAAAGUUUGAUGCAACAACGGCGACAAUACCCUUAUCUUGGGCAACAGUUUACGGUCCGCCACCCGAUGAUUCCAUCUGGUAGAAAGAAUGUGCUAAUGCUACCACUCUUGAAUAAACCUCCAACGAUCAGCUUCCUCGUCCUCUGUAAACGAGGAACCCAAAAGGCUUUUGCAGAACUGAUAACCACUUGGGACACAGCGAGGGGAGGACUCACGUAUUGGACUCCAGCUCCUGUAUGUAAGUUGGAUCACGCCACGCACGAUCCAGGACGGAAGAAUCACAGCUGUUCAGUUCUUCACAUGCUGGCAACAUCUAGGAACAGGUCUAGGCCAUGCUUAGGGUAAGAUUGUAAUGAUGCAGAGCUUGGUUGGUCUCAUCUUAUUAAUGAUACAACAAAUAUGAAGACAUGCUGCCUGCAUUGAAUCUUCAUCAAGUCCUCGUUUUCCAUCAGGUUGCUCUUGGUUGGCUCCUCUCCUGUUCAACGACGAAGGUGGACAUGACGAAAAUGUUGGAGCACCGUGCCCCUCUUUUUGGUAGAGAGAGAACACAAAUUGCCAGUUCCCGGUAUAUGCAUGCGAUGCUUUUUCUCUCAUAUCCAUAGACAAUGAUCCUUUGGGCUUACUAAGAAGUAAAAAGUGACCCGGUGACGAGCCUUUUGAUGUCGACG